AAUGAAGUGGAAAACAUUUCAAAUAAAUUGGCCUUUAAUUCUUUUUAUUUUUCAAUUCUUUUUAACCGCAAAUGCACAAUGGAACAGCUCUGCAGGACCAUUAAGUCCAAUUGCCUUUAAUUUAGCAACAGGCCGUCGUAUAACGGCUAGUUCAACUUGUGGAGAAGUAAAUGGAAGACCAACUAGAGAAAUAUACUGCACAAUUGCUGGAGCAAGUCCAUAUUCCCCAUACAAUCAAUAUACUUUUACAACAAUAUUGGAUGAAAGGCGUAAUAAAUAUAGAGAAAUGCGGGCUGAAGCUGGUUCUUUUAUUCAAGAUGGGCAAAAUUGUGAUUUUUGUGAGGCAAAUACAUCCUCUGCUCAUCCAGCAUCAAAUAUGGUAGAUGGAACGCCAUUAUGGUGGCAAAGUCCUCCACUUUCUCGAGGGAAUAUUUAUGCCCAAGUGAACAUUACAAUUUAUUUAGAACAGCCAUUUUAUGUUUCGUAUGUUUGGGUUCAAAUGGCAAAUAGUCCUCGACCAGCAACUUGGGUACUUGAACGUUCUGCCGAUUUUGGCAUUACUUGGCAUCCAUGGCAAUAUUUUGCUUCGUCUCCUGCUGAAUGUUCUCGUUUAUUUGGACUUGCCUUCCUUAGACCUAUAAUGGAAGAUGAUGAUGUUAUUUGUACUAGUGAAUUCUCGAAAACUGAUCCGAUGGAUAAUGGAGAAAUUAUGCUUAAUUUACUCGAAGGAAGACCUUCAAAAAAUAAUUUUGGUGGCUCUAAAAAAUUGCAAGACUUUGUUUUGGCUACAAAUGUUCGUUUACGAUUAUUGCGACCGAGAACAUUGCAGGGAUAUUUGAUGGAUUUACAUGGGACACAAGACCAGACACAAGAUGUUACUGUAACUAGAAGGUAUUAUUAUGGAAUUAAAGAAAUUUAUAUGGUUGGAAAAUGUAUUUGUAAUGGACAUUCUGAACAUUGUGAACCAUGGGAUCCAGCACGUCCUAAUUUAUGGCUCUGUAGAUGUGAUCAUAAUACAGAGGGGGAUAAUUGUCAACGAUGUAAACCUGGAUUUGAACAGAAACGUUGGAGACAAAGUCAUGAUGAUGAUCAAUUUGUUUGUGAACCGUGUAAUUGCCAUGGACAUUCGAAUGAUUGUGUUUAUGAAGAAGAAUUAGAUUUACAGAGGAAAAGUUUGGAUAUUAAUGGAAAAUUGGAAGGAGGGGGACGUUGUUUAAAUUGUCAACAUAAUACUAAAGGAAUUAAUUGUAAUGAAUGUGUUAAGGGGUAUUUUAGACCAACAGGAAAAAAUUGGAAUGAAAUUGAUGUUUGUCAACCUUGUAUUUGUGAUCCUCUCAAACAUGGAGGAAGUUGUGCAGAAGAAACAGGUCAAUGUGAAUGUUUGCCACAAUUUACUGGACCUAAUUGUGAUCAAUGCGCUGCUGGUUAUUUUCAUCCCCCUGAAUGUCGCCCUUGUGAAUGUAAUGUAAAUGGAACUGUUGACAGACAAUGCUUGCCAGAUACACCAAACGGGCAAUGUCCUUGUCUUCCAAACUUUAGCGGCCGUUUGUGUGAAAAAUGUGCUCCAAGUUUUAAGAAUAUAAGUGCUGGCUGUUUAAAUUGUGAUUGUGAUCCUAUUGGCUCAACGAGUGGAGAAUGUAAUUCUACAACUGGACAAUGUCAAUGCAAAAGCAGUUUUGGUGAUAUUAAAUGUGAUAAAUGUGCUAAAGGAUAUUAUAGAAAUAAAGAAACUAAUGAUUGUGUUUAUUGUGAUUGUGAUCCAAGCGGUACAGAAGACGAAAUUUGUGAUGGAAGUAAUGGACAAUGUCUUUGUAAGCCUGGUUUUGCUGGAAGACGUUGUGACAAAUGUGAUGACCAAUUCUUUGGAUAUCCUUCUUGUAGAGAAUGUUUUUGUCAUGAAAGAGGCUCUAAAAGUUUAGAAUGUGAUAAAAUAACUGGGGAAUGGUAA